AUGAACGAGAGGCUGUUGGCAGCCUUAACUGUGGAGGAGAUUACUCAUGCAUUGCACCAGAUGGCACCUCUUAAAGCCCUGGGACCUGAUGGCUUCCCUGCUGUUUUUUUCCAACAAAAUUGGCCCUCUGUGCAGCAUGAGGCUCGCAUGUGGAGUAAAAUGGGCUUUAUGGGUCUCAAGCUCGAUAUGAGUAAAGCUUAUGACAAGGUGGAGUGGGGAUUUUUGGAAUCUGCUAUGCUACGGAUGGGUUUUGAGACAAAAUGGGUGCAUCUUAUUAUGGCAUGUGUGAGAUCAGUACAUUAUUCAGUUUUGGUGAAUGGCAAUCUGGUUGGAGAUAUUCGACCGUCCAGGGGUAUACGCCAAGGCGACCCGAUCUCUCCAUAUCUUUUCUUGAUUUGUGCUGAGGUGCUGAGCUCUUUACUUACUCAGGCAGAACAAAAGGGAAUUAUUACAGGGGUGCCGACUUCCCCCAAAGGUCCAAAAAUCAGCCACCUUUUCUUUGCGGAUGACAGCAUCCUCUUUUGCAAAUCUAACUAUGUGGAAUGGCGACGGUUAUUGAAAAUCUUGGGAAUUUAUGAGGCAGGGUCGGGCCAAAAGCUAAAUUUGGAGAAAACAACUAUUUUCUUUAGUCGGAAUACUAGCCUAUCUCGACGAGCUGAGAUUCUAAAUUUGUCCGGAUUGACAGAAGCUCGAAGAUUUGACACAUAUUUGGGAUUACCGGCAUUGAUUGGUAGAUCCAAAAACCAAGCAUUCCAAAGCAUCAAGGAGAGAGUUGGACAAAAGCUUACGAACUGGAAAGUUAAAUUCCUUUCACAAGCUGGAAAAGAAGUGCUUUUGAAGGCGGUGGUCCAAGCGGUACCAACUUAUAGUAUGAGUGUUUUCUUGCUGCCUACUACUCUUUGCAAAGAUCUCAAUAGAUUGAUGCAACAAUUCUGGUGGAAUCAUAUGGCUUCUACUUCUAGUAUUCACUGGAUGAGUUGGGAAAAGAUGGGGAGAUCUAAACGUUGUGGAGGGCUUGGUUUUAUGGAUCUUAUUUGUUUUAACAAGGCUUUACUUGCAAAACAAGGAUGA